GAUCUGAACACAGACCUGACAAAGUUUGGCUUCCUGGUCUAUGCUGGAACCGUUCGUGAUUUUCACGAAUGGGAGUUCCGUGCUAUGACACGGUGGAAGCAGACUAAGGUGGACGAGCGUUCGGAGCUCGCCUCCAAGUUUCUCGACUCCUUAAGGAGCGAGCCUUACAUCAUUGCAGAAGACCUGGGGACAGAUAUCCUCUUUUCGAACGACAACAUCCCCAAGGUCGUAGAAGCAGUGAGGGAACGACUGUUCCCCUUAGCGGAACAGGAGUCAAAGGAGCUGUACCGCCUAGGUACGCAGGUAGGUGGUGUGCUGUCGCGCCAAGCUGGCGAGCCUAUGGUCUCCUAUAUAGAUAGGAGAAGACGUUGGCUCCGGAAGCUCCAGCAGUUGGACAAGGCGACGCACAUCAACGAGGCCGUUUUGACGGACCUGCUCCUGGACAACUCAGGCCUCAGUCGCAGUGAGCGACUGAUGGUCAUGACGUCCAUGGGAAGCUCCACUGCCACGAAAGAUGCAGAGAAUGUGAUCGUGGCAAGGGCAGAGGCCAUCCAUUUAAGGGAGGCAAAGGACGACGCCGAAGAGGGCGCGGCCUACGUGGCCGACGAGGAAGAGCACGACGACUGGGUGUACCACGGAGACGAGGGUCCCGUGGACGAAGCGUACGACGACACCAACUUGGUGGCCCAGACAGCCGACGCAUCCCUAAGGGACGUUGAGCUGGACGUGUUCACUUCCUUUCUUUGUUCUGCAGGGUUCGACGAGAACGACCGCGAGAGCCUAGCCUUCAUGGCCGACAUCGUUCAGAGCGAGACCGUCGCCUUUAUGGCGCGCAGUAAGGCCAAAGGCAAAGGAAAGCCUGUGAACGCCCACGGCGCGCACGGCUAUCGCCCAAGGGCGACGGGCCUGACGGUUGAAGACCGCAGGCGGAAGCUCCAGGAGAUUAAGCUCCGGAGCACCUGCAAGACCUGCGGCCGAAAAGGCCACUGGUCUGGCGACAGGGAGUGCCCAGGAAAAGGCACAGGUAAAGUAGCAGUCGCGCAUUUUGCGCAAGCUACGCGUGUGAUGGAUAAGUCCACACAGACCUGUGACCUUAGAGGCUCCCCGAGCAUCUCCGACAGCGAGAGCGAGAGUUUCGAGCCCGAGGCUGUCGCGAACUACGUCAGCUUAGGGCGGGACUCUGAGACAGAGCCCGCGGCGUACAUGGGUUUCUUCGACAAAGGAGACUUUGAAGAGUCCGACGAAGAGCUCGUGGACGACUUUGCGUCGCAAGGGGCUCCCUCCACGGAAUGGGAUACUAUAGAGUACCCAGAGGGCAGCGAUCAGCUGUUCCGUUUCCGCAUGCACAAGGGCAGCACGUACCUUGAGGUUUUAAGGAACCACCCCGACUACUACCACUGGGGACUCAAGGAGAAGGCGCCGAGCACCAUGCUUGAGGCAUGGCUCGUUUGGGUGUAUCGGAACUUCGACGUUCCGCCAGCAGGCGGCGGAG